AUGACAUGCUCGCCGCACGCUUCGUCGACCAAGAUAGGCAGUCGUCAUCCAACAACCUCUCUCGACCAUUCACUUCCUCGUGCUUCCAAACAUCCCCCAUCGACGCUCGACGCUCCCCAUCGACACUCGACGCUCCCCAUCUCGCCCUUCCGCCUUCUCGUUCAUUCUUCAUCGCCGAGAGCAUCCCAUCGCAAGACCCCCCGACCGAGUGUGGAAAACCCAUCGUCCAUCAUGGCGUCGACGACCAAGUAUCAGCCCGCGCCGCAGCACGACGGCGACGACGACUUCACCCACGCACCUCCCGCCUACGCUCCCGCCGCCGCCGCCGCCUCGUCUUCGUCCAACGGCGGUGAGACCCAGGGCCUGUUCGGCGGGCCGCGCAGCAGCGAGGACAACCUGCCAGAUGACUUCAAGGUAUCGUCGACCCCCCGCGAGCGAGUCGCUCGUCCCCCUCCGGCGCCCGAGGAGGCGACGGCCGGCGAGUGCUUUGGCGGCUCCGUGGCGGAAGCCACCAUCGACAUUCGAAAUCAGUUCAUCCGCAAGGUCUACACCAUCCUCACCGUCCAGCUCAUGGCCACGGCCGCCGUCAGCGCCCUCACCUUCUUCAGCGUGUCCUACAAGACGUGGAUCCAGAGCCACCCCGGCGUCGUCUGGCUAUCCCUCAUCGGUUCCAUGGUCUUCAUGGGCCUGACCUACUGGAAGCGCAAGUCGUACCCGACCAAUCUCCUCUUCCUCUCCCUCUUCACCCUCGCCGAGGCCUACACCGUGUCCGUCAUCGUUUCCUUCUACAAGACGUCCAUCGUCCUCAACGCCGUCGUCCUGACCGCCGGCCUCUUCGUCUUCCUCACGCUCUUCGCCUGCCAGACCAGGUACGACUUCACCUCGUGGAUGCCCUACCUCUUCGGCGCCCUCUGGGGCCUCGUCCUCUUCGGCUUCAUGGCCAUGUUCUUCCCCUACAGCUCGACGGCCGAGCUCGUCUACGGCGGCGUCGCCGCUCUCCUCUUCAGCGCCUACAUCCUCGUCGACACGCAGCUCGUCCUGCGCAAGCACCACGUCGAGGAGGAGAUUGCCGCCGCCAUCAGCCUGUACCUCGACAUCAUCAACCUCUUCCUCGCCAUCCUGCGCAUCCUCAACAGCCAGUCCAACAACUAG